AUACAUGGCUUGGAUAUUCACUGGCAAGUUGUGUCACCUUGGCAGAAUUAAGCCCUUCAGGAAGGAUGUUGACAUUUCACUGUUGCUGUCAUUCAACAAGAUGAAAAAAUUGACUACAGACAUGAAGUUAAUAGGCAGAGCACUGAAAAAAUCUACUAUAGUUGAGCUGAACUUGGAAGGAACAAAACUGCGAAGGCGUCAGCCAGUAGGAGAAGCACCACAAGAUGUUGAUGAUCGCACUGUUUACGUUGAAUUGCUUCCCAAAAAUGUCUCCCACAGAUGGAUUGAAAGAAUAUUCAGUAAAUGUGGUAAUGUUGUAUAUGUCAGCUUGCCAAGAUAUAAAACAUCCAGAGACCCGAAAGGAUUUGCUUUUGUGGAAUUUGAAACAAAAGAACAAGCAGAAAAAGCCAUAGAGUUGUUAAAUAAUCCUCCAGAGGAUGCACCAAGAAAACCUGGGAUAUUUCCCAAAACAAUAAAAAGUAAACCUGUUCCAGCACUCGACACAAGUGACUGUAACAUUGCUGAUACUGGUGCCGAGCAGGGAUCUCUUAGUGCUGCAGAACAGCAUUACACUUCUAAGUCCCCUCAUCAAGAAGAGAAGAUGCAGAGUCAUUGUGAGGCCCAGUCUGAUCAACACGCCAUUGAAAUUUCUGGAGACACACAGCCAUAUGAGAAAGAGAAGAAAAAGAGAAAGAAGAAAAGGUCCCAUGGCAAAAAAGAUAGUAGCAGCCAGUCAGCUGCAGAAAGCAAGGAAUCUGACAUGGAUGCUAGUGUAGAGCAUCAUCACAGUAAACGUAAAAGAAAACGAACUACUUCCGAAUGCUCUGAAACAGAUGGAUCUGAAACUCAGAAGUCCAGAAGAGAGCAUCGCAAGCGAGACAGAUCUCAAAGUUCAGAGCUAGAUGAGGAAACGAAGCACAAGAAAAGAAAAAGGAGUAGUUUGGAAAGCCUUGAAGAACUUGACGAUGAAAAGAAAGUAUACGCAGAAGAUCAAGGUGAUCAUUACAACAGUGAAGAAAUGACUGAGCCUGGCAGUGCUCAUAAGGACAUUAAAGAAGAAGAGGAUCUUAGUAAAAAGGAAUCUCUCUUGAAAACCAAAAGGAAGAGAAAGAAGAAGCAUAAGGAGAGAUGCAGGAUAGAAGAGGAGGUGAUUCCUUUAAGAGUCCUUUCCAAGAGAGGGUGGCUAGACUUAAAGAAGGAGUACCUAACACUGCAGAAGAUCAGCAUGUCAUCCUUUAAGAAAUCUGUCACAGAGUUAAAACAGCAGAUGAAGGAAGAAGAACAGAAGGAUGAAACAGACCAGUCAGAAUUAAAAAAUUGUAAAGAGAUUCCCAGUGAUGAAGUCCAGCUUUCUGAAAAGGAAAAUUCUUUGGAUCUGCAGUUUGUAAGUGGAGUGAUUAUGAAGAUCACCAGCACUGAAGCUUUGCCAGGCAAGCAAAUUGUUAAGGAUGCACUUUCUGAAAUUUCUGCUGUAGCAUAUGUUGAUAUGCUGGAUGGAGACAUUGAAUGUCAUGUCAGAUUCAAAGCACCAGAGGAUGUGCAAAAAGUGGUGGAAGAACAGCAAAACUUCCAUAAGAAAUACAACUGGAAGGUAGAAGUCCUUUCUGGUGAUAGUGAGCAGCGGUAUUGGCAGAAGAUUUUGGUGGACAGACAAGCAAAACUUAAUCGUUCUCGAGACAGAAAACGGGGAAGUAAGAAGUUACUUUCCAAGGGCGAGAAUAUUAUACUGACAAGGAUACAGCAACUAAACAGGCACACACGCUUCGAAGACUAACCAGUAAAUGUCUCAUCGGUUGUAUUUUUUUUUUUUUAUUUAAUUUUACUGAAAAAAUAUUUUCUGAUAAAUAUUUUUUUUUUGCUUAAGAGAGUAGCGACAAAACCCAGUUUCACCUCUAUUUCUGGAAAUUUGCAGCAAAGUCUUUUGAUUACAGUUGCUGACCAAUAAAGAAUAUGUUACAAGAACUUUACUUGGUCAUUGUACACAGAAUAAUUUUUUUUAUCUGAUGGAUUUAAGUAGUCUU